UGGCGAUUGGCCUGCGGAUAAAGCGUUCCGAGACGGCGCCUUCUGUUCGACCCCGCCGCCUCUUUUGUUGGUGCAAGGAGAAACGAAGAAGAAAUAACCCAACCCCAGCUUCCUCCAGUCAUCAGCAAUGGCGGCGUGCACAUCUUCUCUCCAACCUCGCCUUCUUUCCUCCAUCUUCGGCGACCGCCUCGUCCACUCGUCCACGCCUUUCCUCGGCCGCAACCCAGGAUUCAAGAAUGCAUCAAUCCAGUUCUCAAGAACACUAUGCAACUUAGCUGAUAUUCUAUUCAAUAGAAGAAGUAAAGAUGACCUGAUAAACAAUAAACGCAAACUUCUGCAACCUGGAAAAGUUUCCCCUCGUCUACAUGUGCCAGAUCACAUAUUGAAGCCUCCAUAUGUAAAUUCUCAUCACACACCGGGAAUUGCUAGUGGACCUGAAAUUCAUGAUGAAAUGGGAAAAGAAAGCAUGCGGGCAUCUGGAAGGCUUGCUGCGCAAGUAUUGGAAUAUGCUGGAACUCUUGUUCAGCCAGGUAUUACAACUGAUGAAAUUGACAAAGCAGUUCACCAAAUGAUCGUUGAUAAUGGAGCAUAUCCUUCACCUCUUGGCUAUGGUGGCUUCCCAAAGAGUGUUUGUACAUCAAUAAAUGAAUGUAUUUGCCAUGGGAUACCAGAUUCCCGUGCACUUGAGGAUGGUGAUAUCAUCAAUAUCGAUGUUACUGUAUAUCUUAAUGGCUAUCAUGGUGAUACUUCUGCCACAUUCUUUUGUGGUGAUGUUGAUGAGGAUGCAAAGAAACUGGUUCAGGUAACUAGAGAGUGUCUUCAGAAGGCGAUAUUAAGAUGUGCACCUGGAGUGGAGUUCAAACAAAUCGGCAAAACUAUACAUGAUCAUGCAGAUAAGUUUCGGUUUGGCGUAGUUAGGCAGUUUGUUGGUCAUGGUGUUGGACGCGUAUUCCAUGCUGAUCCUGUUAUCCUUCACUUUAGAAAUAAUGAGCGUGGAUGUAUGAUACUCGGUCAAACAUUUACAAUAGAACCUAUGCUUACAAUGGGGAGCACUAGAUCUGUCAUAUGGGAUGAUAACUGGACUGCGGUAACCGAAGACGGAAGCCUAUCUGCCCAAUUUGAGCACACCAUACUGAUCACAGAAAAUGGGGCAGAAAUACUGACACAAUGCUAGAAAUAUAUUCAAGAUUGAGACUCCAUUGUGUGAUUCAGCAAACUCAUUCAUCUUUCAUGGAAGAACAUUCCUGGUACUGUAUUACUACCUCAUAUACUAUUCGAGCUGCAGUUGACUUGCUUUGGCUGGCCAUUUCCUCCAUGUAUUAUUAUUUGUAAAUUUCUUGCAGUUUCUCAAUCAAAAGGUACCUUUGCAUCAAAAAUCUAUUU